GAAACCUCUCUCUUCCCAUCUUUCCUAUUUCAAGCAAAUCACAAACUCAAAUUUCAAGCUAUGGCGAAAAAGUGGACAGCCCUGCUGCUAUUGCUGCAGCUGCUCAGCCACCUGGAGACGGGUCAGGCGAUAUGGUUUCCCUGGUACUUCCAGCGCUAUGGGUUAGAGCCUCACUCGAGUCGACACGGCGGCAGGAACAAGAUCACAUGUCCGCCUGGUUACGAGUUCAGGAGCUCAACCACUCUCGUACCGGAACCAAAGACUGACCUGUGCAACGACAAUCCAGUGCUGCAGCAGCUGGCCCGUCUCUAUGUGGUGAGUCCGGAGAGGAUUGUCCUGCUGCUGUCGCAGCCCUCGCUCACAGAUUCCUGUGCCGAGAUCAGCGACGUGCUGGACAAAAUCAAGAGCUCCAUGGAGAAUUGUGUCCUGGCGCCGGACAACUUGUACGGUCGCCUGGCUGACGGCUUGCGCUACUUCCGGACGGAGGUCUGUGCCGGAGGGGACGGCAGCAACUGGAAGCGCUGCACCGGGCUGCAGAACUCGCAUAGCUGCCUCCGGGAACUGCGCACGGACAUGAUCGAGUGCGAGGCUCCGGCGGACUGGUACGAGCGUCAAAACGAAACUAAGGUGUGCCACAUCUACAACGAUGUCCUUGAUUGCUACUACACGCGGGCAGCCCUGCUCUGUGGCCUCGACUCCGCCAAGCAGCUGAGAUCCUUUGCCGCCGAUGCCAUGGGCAGAGCCAUGGUCCACAAAUGCAAGGUGAACAAACGGCUGCCCCGAGUGGACAAUGCCAUGCCCGAGGCCAGCGGCAGUGAGGCUGGAAGCAAAGCGAUGUUUUUUAAUUGUUUUAUUUUUUUGUGUAUUUUAAUUAAUUUUUAAUAACUUUAUUUUAUA